AUAUUUGUUUAAAACAACAUUAUGAACUAUAUAAGAAACUGGCAAGCAACUACUGGAACUAUCUACAUCAAAUUGUUAACUUGGCGAUGGCUUUCUCAGGUGAUGGUGAUUUGAAUUUUUUUUUGUUUUCUCACAUCUGUAUUUUUUAAUUACCUAAAAAGAUGUGUCGCUUCUAUAAGCAUAUUUUUUAAUGUAAAGAUACAAACAUGCCAGUCAUAGUUCUUAUUGGAAUACUCAUGUUGAAAUAAGGUAGGAGUCCCUGGUAAGAAUUCAGUUUGGCUGAGCGUGGUAACUCACACCUAUAAACCCAGCUCUAGAAGGCUGAGGCAAGACCUUGAGGCCAGCCUGAUCUAUAUAGUGAGACUUUGUCUCAAAAAGAAAAAAUAAAUGAGAGAAAAACUAAGUGGCAGAGAUUCAUACAUCUGUGACAUUGGUACUUUUACACUUUCAUAAUUUUACACAGAAGCAAGUCCUUUUCAGUUAUGUCAUGUCCUGCAGAAGCUAGGAAACAACUUUCACUGCAGGUCAGUGUGCAGUGACAGAGCCAGCAGAAUUGAGGCCUGCCACAGAAGCAGCCAGGCAACAAUGCUGUGUUUCACAGUGCAGGGUCUGAAUAAAAGUGUCCUUUGUGUUGAUCUCAGACUGAGAGGCGGGACUUAUGGCAAUUUAUGUUAUUUUUCCUUAAUGGAAAUUGAGGCAGUCUCUAAUCUGCUAUCACAUGACAGCUACUUAUUUGAUUUUUGGUAAUUUGGGAGCAGCUGUGGGCAAACAAUUAUUCUGCAAAAAGAGCCAGGCCAGCUGCAUUCUGACCCCAUCACAAGUGCCUGGGCAUACCCAGUUUGCCAGCCACCAUGUUUCUAAAUCAGGUACCUACUCCAUUCAAAGCACUGUGCCAGAACCUGGGUUGUAAACUGUAACGUGGUGUUCAAUGUGGAUAGACUGCUUUCCUCUUUGACAGGCUGAAUAAUAUGUGGUAUAUAUUACCACAUUUUGUUUCCCAUUCACCCAUUGAUGGACACUUGGGUAGCUUCCACCUUUUGGCUAUUGUGAAUAAUGCUGCUCUGAACAUGGGUAUACAAAUAUCUCUUUGAGAUCCUGCUUUCAGUUCUUCUGGUGGAUCUUCAUGGAGGAACACGGGGUGACCCAGACUGAACACAUGGCGACCAUAGAAGCCCAUGCAGUGGCCCAGCAGGUACAGCAAGUCCAUGUGGCCACUUACACUGAGCACAGCAUGCUGAGUGCUGACGAAGACUCCCCAUCCUCCCCUGAGGACACCUCUUAUGAUGAUUCUGAUAUACUCAACUCCACUGCGGCCGAUGAGGUGACAGCCCAUCUGGCUGCUGCAGGUCCUGUGGGAAUGGCUGCUGCGGCUGCUGUGGCAACAGGGAAGAAACGGAAACGGCCUCAUGUGUUUGAGUCUAAUCCAUCUAUCCGGAAGAGGCAGCAAACACGGUUGCUUCGGAAACUUCGAGCUACAUUAGAUGAAUAUACUACUCGAGUGGGACAGCAAGCUAUUGUCCUCUGUAUCUCACCCUCCAAACCCAACCCCGUCUUUAAGGUGUUUGGUGCAGCACCUUUGGAAAAUGUGGUGCGAAAGUACAAGAGCAUGAUCCUGGAAGACUUGGAGUCCGCUCUGGCGGAACACGCCCCUGCGCCACAGGAGGUUAACUCCGAGCUGCCGCCUCUCACCAUCGAUGGGAUUCCAGUCUCUGUGGACAAAAUGACCCAGGCCCAGCUUCGGGCAUUUAUCCCAGAGAUGCUCAAGUACUCUACAGGUCGGGGAAAACCAGGCUGGGGGAAAGAAAGCUGCAAGCCCAUUUGGUGGCCUGAAGAUAUCCCGUGGGCAAAUGUGCGGAGUGAUGUCCGCACAGAAGAGCAGAAGCAGAGGGUUUCAUGGACCCAGGCACUACGAACCAUAGUUAAAAACUGUUACAAACAGCAUGGGCGGGAAGAUCUCUUGUAUGCUUUCGAAGAUCAGCAAACACAAACACAGGCCACCACCACACACAGUAUAGCCCACCUUGUACCGUCACAGACCGUAGUGCAGACCUUUAGCAACCCAGAUGGUACCGUCUCGCUUAUCCAGGUUGGCACAGGGGCAACAGUAGCCACAUUGGCUGAUGCUUCAGAAUUGCCAACCACAGUCACUGUUGCGCAGGUGAAUUACUCUGCCGUGGCUGAUGGAGAGGUGGAACAAAACUGGGCCACAUUACAGGGAGGUGAGAUGACCAUCCAGACAACGCAGGCAUCAGAGGCCACCCAGGCGGUGGCAUCCUUGGCAGAGGCCGCAGUGGCAGCUUCUCAGGAGAUGCAACAGGGAGCCACUGUCACCAUGGCGCUCAACAGUGAAGCUGCUGCCCAUGCUGUCGCCACCCUGGCUGAGGCCACCUUACAAGGAGGGGGACAGAUCGUCCUGUCUGGGGAAACCGCAGCAGCUGUCGGAGCACUUACUGGAGUCCAAGAUGCUAAUGGCCUCUUUAUGGCAGACUGUGGAGGUUGCAAGUGGAUCCUGGCAAGAAGGCUGCAGGCCUGGUCCAGAUCCCGGUGAGCAUGUACCAGACUGUGGUAACCAGCCUCGCCCAGGGCAAUGGGCCAGUGCAGGUGGCCAUGGCCCCUGUGACCACCAGGAUAUCAGACAGCGCAGUCACCAUGGACGGCCAGGCUGUGGAGGUGGUGACGUUGGAACAGUGAUACGCAGCCAUAUCAUGGCAUCGUUUUCUAGUCUACUUCAAAAUUUUUUACACGUUUUGCAGAGGUGCAAUCAAAUGGAAUUAAGUCUCUCGACUUUGGAAGAAAAGUUUUGUUGACCUUUUUUUUAAAAGGAAGAAAGGUGGCGGAUUUGGGAAUUGCAUUUUUUUAAAGCACCACUCUUGAUUUUCUGGGAUUGGUGGAGUAAGAAGCUGCAUUGUCAAUUUCACUGUCCCAAAAAAGCCAAAUUGUGGCAGGACUUCUUUCUGCGGAAACAUGUGUGUAUACUUGUGUGUGUGUGAGUGUGAAUAUAUGUAUAUGUGUACAUAUGGACAUACACAUUUACAUAUAUAUAUAUAUAAAGUAUAUAUAUACAUACAUAUAUAUGUAUGAAACCCGCAUGGAAUUCUCUGUAUGAAAUCAAGGUGAGCUGUGGAAACAAUAAUCCACCCAGUUUAGUGGGUGAUAGGGUACGUGGCCAGACACAGUCACCUGGUUUUUGUUCAUACCAGGGUCAUGCGUUGAGCUACUGACAAACUCAGGCAGAGGUGAUCCGCCCUUCACCAAAGCUGCCUCCCAGCGGCCGCCCAGAACUCUCCCUUCUGGACUCAACUGAGGAAGGAGGUUCCAGGAUGCGGUGGGGCCCAGGGCCGGUGGUCUGUGGGCUGGGACACACCCGGCCGGCCCAGGUGCUGAGUUCACCUUGGGCAGAGGGAUGUCCUGGAAGCUCUGGAACAAGGCUAAGAAGGUGACCCUCAGCCUCGGGCCUCCUCCCCUUCCCAGGGACCCUUCUGGAGCUUAGGACUGUUGAAGAGUUGCUUUGGUUUUAAGGUCAGUCCUGACUUGGUCAUAUGUAUGAAUUGAAGGUAACAGAAGUAUUAAGGGUCUGAGGAGUGUGUGCUAGGUGCACUUGUGUGUGUGUGUGUGUGUGUGUGUGUGUGUGUGUGUGUGUGUGUGUGUCCUGGGGGAGAAAAUAGGAAGGGAUUCGAGGAGUUGGAAGGGAAAGGAAGGAGAGAGAGAAGUCUUCAUAGACCAGGGUUCAUCAGUGCAAGCCAUUUUCUUUAGCUGGCUGGAAUAGCUUAACAGAGCACACCAGAAAGGGACACGGGCUCAGGAACUAUGGCUGUCACAACAGAGCAUGUCAGGAGAGGAAGGGGCCAAAUUCCUGGAUCCCCUCCUUCAGGAGGCUCUCCGAGGCCCCUUUCCUGCCUAUGACCCAGGCCCGGACCAGCCUUCCUUCUCACAGGUGUGCACUGGUCUGGGUGUUGUCACUGUCAAAUUCUGUGCUUUCACAGGGAAUUUAGCUCAGUGGUUCCGCCACCUAGCUCGAAAGUGCAAAGUCCCGAGUUUGAUCCCUGGUACCAAAAAAAAAAAAAAUUCUCUGCUUUCCAGUGGCAGCCCUGAGUCUCCAGUGGAUAAAUUCACCUGACUUUUUGACAGGCCAAAUCUCUGCUCCUCGAGUACAGGGACAACACUUCCUCCCUCUUCCCAGGUUUCCCUACAUGUGUGAUAGUGUAUUUAAUGUGUUUUUUAUGCGAAUUAAAAGAUUCCUCAUGUCUUGCUCAGCCUUUGAGAAAAGUUUCAGAUUCUUGUAUUUGCUUGUUUUAUAUAAAACUAUCCAAUGUUCUUUGUAUGUUCUUUUCUGUACGUAUGGGGGGAGGGCAGGGAAAUUUACAUAUGAACAGUCCUAGUUCUACAAUUUGUUAUUUUUUUAAUUAUUAUUUUUAUUGUCAUUGUGAAGCUGUCCAGGGCUUUAAAGUCCGUGUUCCUUUGUGGUAAAAUAACCUCCUAAUAGUUUGAGAAAUUGCCAAGAAGAAGAAAAAAAGCAAAACCUCAGUAGCAAAGCAUGGAUUCUGUGUUGUUUUCCAUUCUGUCUAUACUGCCUCAUUCAAUAAAUAGUUUAAAAUGUGGCAA